ACUUACCUACACUCACACACCCGCAAACACGUACCUGUGCGCACCCUCGCACACUUACCUACACUCACACGCCCACAAACACAUUCCCGUGCGCACCAUCGCACACUUACCUACACUCACACACCUGCAAACUCGUACCUAUGCACACCCUCGCACACUUACCUACACUCACACACCUGCAAACUCGUACCUGUGCGCACCCUCGCACACUUACCUAUGCUCACACACCCGCAAACACGUACCUGUGCGCACCCUCGCACACUUACCUAUGCUCACACACCCGCAAACACGUACCUGUGCGCACCCUCGCACACUUACCUAUGCUCACACACCCGCAAACACGUACCUGUGCGCACCCUCGCACACUUACCUAUGCUCACACACCCGCAAACACGUACCUGUGCGCACCCUCGCACACUUACCUAUGCUCACACACCCGCAAACACGUACCUGUGCGCACCCUCGCACACUUACCUAUGCUCACACACCCGCAAACACGUACCUGUGCGCACCCUCGCACACUUACCUAUGCUCACACACCCGCAAACACGUACCUGUGCGCACCCUCGCACACUUACCUAUGCUCACACACCCGCAAACACGUACCUGUGCGCACCCUCGCACACUUACCUAUGCUCACACACCCGCAAACACGUACCUGUGCGCACCCUCGCACACUUACCUAUGCUCACACACCCGCAAACACGUACCUGUGCGCACCCUCGCACACUUACCUAUGCUCACACACCCGCAAACACGUACCUGUGCGCACCCUCGCACACUUACCUAUGCUCACACACCCGCAAACACGUACCUGUGCGCACCCUCGCACACUUACCUACACUCACACACCUGCAAACUUGUACCUAUGCACACUCUCGCACACUUACCUACACUCACACACCCGCAAAAACGUACCUGUGCGCACCCUUGCACACUUACCUACACUCACACACCCGCAAACACGUACCUGUGCGCACCCUCGCACACUUACCUACUCUCACGCCCCCGCAAACACGUACCUGUGCGCACCCUCGCACACUUACCUACUCUCACGCCCCCGCAAACACGUACCUGUGCGCACCCUCGCACACUUACCUACUCUCACGCCCCCGCAAACACGUACCUGUGCGCACCCUCGCACACUUACCUACUCUCACGCCCCCGCAAACACCUAAAGAGGAUUCCAGUGACAAGUGGGUGGGCCAGGAGGACACGUAG